AUGGGGCUCUCAAAGUUUGCAUUGCUGGCGUUCUCGUGCUUAUUUCCGUCUGCCACUUUGGGCAUUGUUUUUGGAGAUGCGACCUUUGACUAUGUUGUCGUCGGCGGCGGAACGUCUGGUCUUGCAAUUGCUGCCAGGCUGGCGGAGAAUUCCGGUGUAAGUGUUGCUGUCGUCGAAGCUGGAGGAUACUAUGAGAUGGAAGGAGGCUUCAUGAGCGUUAUUCCGGGCUUCGCGGCAGCUGCAGGCACAGGCACCAGUCCUUUAGAUAGCCUGAUGAUGAUCGAUUGGAACUUCAACACUCUGCCACUCACGGAAGGAAACGAUAGACGGCUUCGUUACGCCAGAGGUAAAACGCUGGGAGGAACAUCCGCGAGGCACUAUAUGGUCUACCAUCGUGGAACAGAGGGCACCUUCAACCAGUGGGCCGACAUUACCGGAGACGAUGCCUGGACUUGGGAUGCAGUCCUACCAUUUUUCAAAAAGAGCUGCACGGUCACUCCACCAGAUAUGUCAAAGCGCCAGGCAAAUGCCAGUGUUUCGUACAAUGCGGAGGCAUUUGACAAUGGGUUAGAAGGGCCUCUUCAGGUUACCUGGCCCAACCAUGGCUCUCCGUUCUCCACGCACGUUGAAAUUGGCUUUGAAAAGAUUGGUAUUCACCCGGGAGCUGAUUUCAACAGUGGAAGCCUGAAUGGUUCCUCAUGGGCGGCUACUAGCAUUGAUCCGAAGGAACAGGCACGGAGCUCGUCGCAGACCAGCUUUUUGAAGAGAGCCGUUGCCACCACGUCAAUAAAGGUGUAUACACACACCCUGGCAAAGAAACUUGUCAUCAACAAGGGCACUUCUACUGCCACUGGCGUUGAGGUUGAGUCCGGCCUGAAGAAGUUCACUCUCAAGGCACGGAAGGAGGUCAUCCUUUCGGCAGGAGCGUUCCAGUCACCACAACUACUCAUGGUCUCGGGGAUUGGACCAAAACAAACUCUUGAGCGGUACAAUAUUCCAGUGAUCAAGAAUCUUCCUGGAGUUGGCCAGAAUCUGUGGGACCAUGUUAUCUUUGGAGUUGUCCACCGCGUCGGUGUGGAGACUGCCAGCAACUUGAUUGUCCACCCUCUGACCGGCGCCGUGAAAGCCCUCGCAGACUACGCAUUGAAGAGGACGGGUCCACUCACUGCUCCUGGAUUCGGUGUUAUCGGCUGGGAGAAGAUCCCCCAAAGUCUACGAGGCAACUUCAGCGAGACCACUAUUGAUGCUCUGAACAACCAGUUCCCAGACGACUGGCCCGAGGUCGAAUACCUCGGCCUCGACGGAAUCCUCGAUGGCUGGCACAGCGCCCUCGACCAACUCCUCCUCGACGGACAACAGUAUGCUACAAUCGCCGCAGCCCUCGUCGCCCCUCUCUCCCGCGGAAGCGUUACAAUUACAAGCUCAAACAUCAAGACAGCUCCCGAGAUUGACCUUGGCUACCUUACGCAUCCCGCAGAUAGAGAGAUCGCCAUCGCCGCCGUGAAGCGCCUACGUCAGACUUGGGCGGGGAUGGACAUCUCGCUAGGCGAAUACAAGCCAGGCGAGGAGGUACAGUCCGACGAGGAGAUUUUAGAGUUUGUGCGUCAGACCAUGGUUCCCGUUUGGCAUCCGGCUGGAACUUGCUCGAUGGGCAAGGCGACCGACCCAAAUGCGGUCGUUGAUCCACAUGCAAAGGUUAUUGGGGUGAAGAACCUUCGGGUGGUUGAUGCGAGCAUCUUCCCGACGUUGCCACCUGGCCAUCCGCAGAGUGCGUGUUAUAUGAUUGCAGAGAAGAUCGCGACCGACAUUGAAGAGGGUAACUAG